AUGCCCUACAUGAUGAGUUAUUACAUUGAUAAUACAAAGUUACUGUUGGCCGUCCUGGAGAACGUCCAUGUCGGCCACCAAUACGACCAGAUAUAUCGCAAAGCACACCCGGAGGCCGCCAUCGAUGCCCCCCUCGACAACUUCACACGUAUAGUUCCAAUUCUCAAACUUAAAAAGGAAUUAGCGAGCCGUUGCAAGGUUCCAUGUAUCUAUCCUGUGGCAGAUUGCGAGCGCAAGCGAAGGGAAAAGAAGCGGGGCUAA